AUGGGGCCAAAAAUGCCACCAAAGCUACCAGGAGUACCGAAUUCAUUCUUCGGUCCGGGGGGGCCCGCAGUUCCAUCGCCUGCAGCUCCAUCAGCGCCUGGGAUAUCAGCGGCAGAUCAAGCAGCAGCAGAUCAAGCGGCGGCAGAUCUACUAGAAAAACAGCUAGAGGAAGAUAUGGAAAGAGAAGAUCAAGCAGUGAAAGACGCAUUAGCGAGAGCUAAAGCAGCGGCAGAUAGAGCAGCAGGAAAGCUGCCACCAGAACCAGUGUCGCCAGCUGGGUCACAAGACUCUCAAGGAGACGAGCCAGGUCAGAAUCCAGCAGUACCAUGGGAAGAUGCACCGCCAAUUGUCGAUGAUGCGGAUGCAGUUGCAGCCAGAAUUGCCCCUCCCGACUUACGGUUUCCUGAUGUAGCCAGGGCAAAUUUGUUACCCUUAAUGGGUGCGGGCAUUCAUCCAGUAUCAACAUCUUCCGCAGGUAAUCUCUGUGGCCUUCAUGCUCUGGUUUAUAGUUACGGUGCACUUCGAGACCUUGCGGCUCCCGAGGGCACACCUGUUCCCCUAGCAGAUAAUCCAACUGCCAAAGACUUACAACUGUACAAGACGGGCCCUCAAUUCUAUAAGGACGUUAUGGAAUUCCUCACAUCUCAGGGUAUUCUUGUAUUUAUGGAUGCUAAUGGGAAUCCACUUAACAAAAGACAAGUUAUGAGACAGGUCACCGGGAUAGUACCAAACUCAACCCAAAAUUAUGAUAUCAAUGUCCUCCAGGCAGUUCUAUUGCAUUUGAAUAGGACGUACGGAACACACUACGUUAUAGGUCAUAUUUUACAUGGAUUCAAUGUUCGAUGGGAUCCUAUUAAUAAGAUAUGGGAUACGGCGUACAGGUCACCAACAGCGGCCCAGGCUUUUGGAGACGGGGUUCACCCAAUAUUGUGGCUCUAUAACGACAAUUAUGAAAAUGAAAUCAGAUCACUGCAUCAGAGCGAGAGUGACGAUCCCAUGGGUCACUGGAUGGGAUUUUCAACAUUGCACAGGAAUCUAGAUGAAGGGUUGAUUGAAGAAGGCAAUUCGUGGUUUGAACACGACAUAGAUGCUUAUCUGGAUGAAGGAGUCUGGAUUGUUACAGCUGACGUUGAAGGAUAUCAUGUCGACCUUGAAGAGCAUCAAGAUCCCAGGGAGCUCAGAUUGUACACUGGUAACUUUGUUAGAGUGCCAACGAUAGUUCCAGAUGUAGACGCGCCUGACGGUUACAUGUGGGUGCAAGGAAGUCCAUUUUAUGUGGGUGAUGUCGAAACCCCCGGGCCAAUCGGAAUUGCACCACUGAAAUGUUUGAAAAGAAUUGCGAAGAACUUCCUCAGGGAAGCACACGAUGCAGCUGGAGCAACUGCUGCCAAUAUUAUCAGAAGAGUGGGCGUUGUAUCAGAUGACAAGGGUAAAUGGCAAGAAUUCGUUGUUCACCGUACCAUCGAGCCGACCACGAAGAUCAGUGGAAGAUACGCUAAUCCAAAUGAUCCAGCGAAGAAAUUUAUCGGAGGCUUCGAAUUUAAGGAUGACGAAUUUCUACUUGACACACAAGAACCGCUCAAGGAUCUAUAUCCUCGGAUGAUAAGAAUGGACGGAACAAGGGGAAGAGUUAAACCUCGUAACCUUCAAUUCUUGGAACAAGCAUGGAAGCUCCCCGACAGGCUUCCCGUUCCAGUCUCAGGUACCAAAAAGAUACCAAACACUUCGAUGACACCUGGCAAACAAACAUUAUUAACUUCCUCCAAUAAAUCAGACCCCAAAUACAGGUAUAGACCAACUAUGAAAGCAGUAGAUUUUAAAAUAAAAGACCUGAGAAUCCACUGCAAAGCUCGUGGUAUGGUUCCCAAAGAUUAUGGAAAAACGAAGGCCUCGAUGUUGGCCAAGCUUGUCGAGCACGAUGAAAAGAACGAUAUUGCGGUCCAACCCUCAGGAGGUCAAGUGCCUAAACCGGCUGAGUCUGGUCAUUUCCUACCAAUGAGACGCGUCCUAGUAGAUAUCGUAAAAGAGGCUGGUCCACCUAAGAUGCCCCCAUUUUUUGCAACAGAGAUAGUGGUGGAGUUAGGUAAAGGUGACGCCGACGAUCCCGCAACUUGGAUAAUUGAUUAUGAAGGUCGAGUUGGCAGGAUUGAUGAUGAUGAUCUUGAGCCAAUAGUUGGAGCCUGGGGGAUUGAACUGGAUCCAGUCAGGUGGAUUCAAAUAUUAGGUGCUUUGAGAAAGGAUUUAGGUUACGAUAAACCACCCAAACCUGCAGCCAAACCACCCGCCAAACCUCCUGCAAAACCGCCUGCCAAACCUCCUGCAAAACCACCCGCCAAACCUCCUGCAAAACCUCCUGCAAAACCGCCCGCCAGCACUGCCGCCAAACCUCCCGCGAAACCUGCAACCAAGCCCGCAGGUAAGAAAGUGGCUUUUGAAAUUCCUCCACCCCCAGGCUUCGCAGCUUCAGGUGUUCCGCCUCCAAACCCCACAGCUGGAAAGACUGUGGGGAAAAGACCCGCUUCUUCCUCUGCGGAACCUGCCAACAAAAAGACAAAGAAGAAGAAGUGA